AUAAAGGUAUGCCGGUGUUCUGAAAACAGUGAGUGUCGGUGGGAGUGUACGUUGAAGAGAUAAGGCAAAUAAAAUUUUCUUGCUUCAGUUUGAGUCCAAUCAGUAAGUUGAGACGUCCUCGUCUACCUACCUUCCAGUUGUUUGUUCAAGUGUUUAGCACUCCGACGUCACGUCGGUAGACACGGGUAGACGUGUUACUUUUCGGGAUAAGAUAGCAGGACUAAGGAAACAAUCGCAGGACUUUGUGGUGAACCGACGAGCUGUGACAAUUGUAUUUUAGGCAGCACGGAUUUUUUGCAGUAGCCCAUCCAUCGCCUCAACAAUGGCUACCGUUUUGGCGACGUUCUCCGUCCUGAAAGACCAUGUGAAACUGAAAGUCACACAGGACGCCGUGUCUAUCGACAAUCUUGUCUUCAAGUUACACUACCGGGCAACAUUUUUGGCACUACUAGCGGCAUCGUUGCUGGUGUGUUCAAGGCAAUUUAUCGGGGAACAUAUAAGAUGCAUUGCUGACCUGGCGAUACCACCGCAUGUUAUAGACACCUACUGCUUUUUCACAUCGACUUUCACGGUGGUGAAACACAUGGACUUGGAUGCUGUGAACGAGGGAAUUUUACCCCAUCCUGGAGUUGGUCCCGUCACCGAUGAGGAUCCAGUCGUCCAUCACGCGUACUACCAAUGGGUUCCUUUUAUUCUAUUUUUUCAAGCAAUCUUUUUUUACCUACCGCAUUACAUUUGGAGAUCGAAAGAAGGUGGGAGAUUGAAGGCUCUCGUAGCUGGACUUAAGUUGACUUCUUUGUCUCUUCGAGACGAAGCGAUAACGGUUAACGAUACUCUGACCAUCCCCUCGCGUCUCGACACUGAGCAAAAGCUGCAGACUAUCAGAACUGCAUUUCUCAAUCGGCUCCACGUGAACCGGCCCUGGGCCUACUACCUGGGUAUGUGCGAGGUCCUCAACUUCAUCAACGUCCUCGGGCAGAUUUACGCCACGGACGUAUUUCUCGGCGGUGCAUUUCUGGGUCUUGGACACGGCGUAGCCAAGGACAAAUUUGACGACGAAAUCGACGUGCUGGACAUAGUUUUUCCGAAGGUGACAAAGUGCGAUUUUCGCAAAUACGGUCCAUCCGGAACGAUUCAGAGGCACGACGCGCUCUGCGUUAUGGCGUUGAACGUUGUCAACGAGAAAAUUUAUAUAUUUUUAUGGUUCUGGCUGGUUAUUCUUGCGAUAAUCACCGGCUUAGGACUUCUGUGGAGAAUUCUAACCAUGCUACUGCACGCCAGGAGCAAGAAAUUCAACCAAAUGGUAUUCACGAUGGCCUGUCCCGGGCGAAACAAUCCCUGGAACGUGCUCACGGUCACUCGUGAGUACAAUUUCAGCGACUGGCUCUUCCUCUACUACAUUGCGAAAAAUAUUGACAACCACGUGUUCAAGGGGCUCUUUGAAAAGCUGGCCGAAGAUCUUCAAGAGCGACGGGGCGAAGGGUACGAAAAACCCCUGCCGCCUAUCCUGGAAGAGGACAAGGAAGAGGGCCAGCUACUGCCCACUUACGAGUACCAGCGGAAACAGGCUUAAGCCGAACAUCUCCCAGGUGAAAGGCAUUCCGCUAGAUGGUUAAGCCUGGUUUAUACUUCGGGAAAUAAAUGACGCGAGAUUUCGACGUAGUUAUCGAUCAACUGAUCGCUCCUGUUUCGAACCGGUUCAGAUCUGAUACGGUAUUUUAUAAACGACCCAAAGUGUGCCAUACGCAAUCGAGAUAUCUUGCUCAUUAGCCGAUAUCGGAUUUUUUUUUUUUUUGUAUAGUUUUCAGCACGGAUUCUUCUCAGCUAUAUGCUUCGUGGCUCUCUCUGCUUAUACGUCUUUCUCUUUCUUACUCUCUCGUUGUACGUGUACAUACUUAUUACAGGCGGAUGUCUCGGUGCUGCGAGUUUUUUCAUUCCAGUAUCGGUAGCAUUCUAUUCACAUAUCUUUGGUGACAUUACCGCUUGAGGUGUUUUAUACGAGUAACGAAUAUAUGGGUUAGAGUGUGGCGUUUUUCCCGGUACAAAAGUUCAGCCGUUGGUGCGAUGAAACUUUGAAAUAUAGUGCAACGGAGGAACUAAAUUUCAUCUCAUUCAGUGUCGCGAAUCAUUUCAAGGUUGAGAACCUUUUGUUCCGGUAAAACCCGUUUUAAAAUUGAAAGCGCCAUCGGCGGCUAAGUGGCGGAAUAAAGAAGUGAAAUCUUCUCAGGGUUCCGCUAGGGCGGGACACCCUUCGGUACCCCAAUCGACUGAAAUUAAUGCUAUUCGCAUUCGUUAAUUAUAAAAAAUUAGUACGAUUGCGUCUAAACGUUAAGAACGGGUCUUUUCAAAGUGCGACGAUGUUUCUCGUUGAAACCUUUUCGCCGCUCACCGUAUUUAAAAUCAAUUAGAUUGCAUUGGUAUAAUCAGGUAAAAUCAGAAGAGACAAUUUGGGAGAACAUGGUAGCUAUAUUAUACUAUUAUCAAUUCGGUGAUACGUAGAUAGCAUUCUGCACUUUCUUGACUAUGAUUGGAAAUGAUACUUAAGUGGUGGCAAUGUUCUUGAAUUGGGCGCCAAUGACAUUCUGCGAGAAUACUCGUGGUAAAUUCCAAAGAAAUUUCUGGACUACGUGUCCGGUCUAUACUUUACUGAAAGCAUCUUAUAAAUUUUCUACCUCCGGAGAUAAAUCAAACCAGUAGAAAGGCUUCCUCGGAAAGAAAAGAGAUAAUAGUCGUACGUGUAAUCCAGAAACCAUUCCCGCUUGAACGAA